AUGCCGGGCUCCUCGCGAAUGCCAAUCAGCCUACGGGAGAGCUUGAAUAGCGUCAAGCGAUCACGGCCGAGCAACCCGUGGCAGGUCAUCAACCUCGACUUGCUCCGCAACAUCGUCUUCUUCCUCUUCGUGCUCCGCCUCGUCCGCCGGACCUUCUGGAAGCUCAAGGGCCGCGGGCUCCUCGGCACCAUCGCCGAGCUCUACACCGACACGCGCCGCAUACUAUACGGCUACUUCCUGCGGGCGCCGGGCGUGCGCUCGCAGGUGCGCAAACAAGUCAAUGAGUCGCUGGCAAAAGUCCAGGCCAAGAUGAUCCCCGCCGGCGGCUCGCGGUACCUAGCACUACCAAAAGAGGGCUGGACCGACGAGGCCCUGCGCACGGAGCUCGAGGCCCUGGCCGCCAUGGACCACACGCGCUGGGAGGACGGCUUCGUGUCUGGCGCCGUGUAUCAUGGGGAAGAUGGUUUGCUGAAGCUGCAGACGGAGGCCUAUGGCAAGUUCACAGUCGCGAACCCGAUCCAUCCGGACGUGUUCCCCGGCGUGCGCAAGAUGGAGGCCGAGGUCGUGGCCAUGGUGCUGUCGCUGUUCCAUGCGCCCUCGACCGCGGCCGGCGUGUCGACCAGUGGAGGCACCGAGAGCAUCCUGAUGGCGUGCUACAGCGCGAGGCAGAAGGCGUACGUGGAGCGCGGCGUCACAGAACCCGAGAUGAUCCUGCCCGAGACCGCGCACACAGCCUUCCGCAAGGCCGGCGACUACUUCAAGAUCAAAGUGCACCUAGUGCCGUGCCCAGCGCCCUCGCACCAGGUCGACGUGCACCGCGUAUCGCGGCUGAUAAACGCCAACACAAUCCUCCUUGUCGGUUCGGCGCCCAACUUCCCGCACGGCAUUAUAGACGACAUAUCCGCACUCUCCAAACUCGCGCUGCGCCGCAAGUUACCGCUCCACGUCGACUGCUGCCUGGGCUCGUUCCUGGUGCCCUUCCUCGAGCGGGCCGGGUUCGAGACGGAGCUUUUUGACUUUAGGUUGAAGGGCGUCACGUCUAUAAGCUGCGAUACGCACAAGUACGGAUUCGCACCUAAGGGCAACAGCACGGUACUGUAUCGCACGCAGCAGCUGCGCACGUACCAGUACUUCGUGUCGCCCGACUGGUCGGGCGGCGUGUACGCCUCGCCCGGGAUCGCGGGCUCGCGCCCGGGGGCCCUCAUCGCGGGGGCCUGGGCCAGCAUGAUGCGCGUCGGCGAGGCCGGCUACGUCGACGCCUGCGUGAAGAUCGUCGGGUGCGCCAAGAAGAUCGCCGAGAGCGUCACUUCAUCCCCGGUCCUAGCCGCGGAGCUCGACCUCGUCGGCCGCCCUCUAGUUUCCGUGGUGGCCUUCACGGCGCGCAACCUCGACAUCUACGACCUGGCCGACGGCAUGUCCCAUAAAGGGUGGCACCUCAACGCGCUGCAGAACCCGCCCGCCAUGCACGUCGCCGUCACCAUGCCGAUCACCAAAGUCUGGGAGCGUCUGGUUGCGGACCUCGAGCACGUCGUCGAGGCCGAGAGGGAGAAGGAACGCGUCCGCGCCGUCGAGGGCCGUGGCCCAAAGGGUAAGGCGUCGGGCGAUACGGCGGCGCUUUAUGGUGUUGCGGGCUCGCUGCCGAAUAAGGCCGUCGUGGUCGAUUUGGCGAAUGGGUUCUUGGAUUUGUUGUAUAAGGCGUAG